AUGGCAAUGGAAGAAGAAAAGGAAAGCCAAAUGGCCACACCCUUAGAAAACCAAAAAGAAGCAAUAAAUAGUCCUACAUAUCAAGACAUUGAGCAACCAAAAGACACAAAAUUGGAAUGCUCAAUCAUUGAUUCUUCCACCAAUCCGCCCCUCCCCUCCAUUAACAUUAUCCCCACGCCUACUCUUAGUUCAUUAAAUACUCCUUAUGCUAUCCAAAACGCCAAGGAUUCCUUCAUCCCUACGAAGGAGGAACCAUCUAAUUCAAAUUCUACUCCAACACAGACCUUUCAACAUGGAAAACAUUCCAGCGCUUCACCCUCAGGAACACCCUCAGAUAAUUUAUGCCCAACCCCCUCAAACGCAAGACUAUCAUCCUACCAAUUGGAUGGAGCUAGGCCUCAUGGGCUAUGCAAUAUCCUUCACGGUCCUAAUCAACGGUCAAGAGGCAAUAGUAAUCCUCCACAACACCCAAUAUCUAGCAAAACUCAUAACGGAAGGAAUGAGAUUAGCCAUGAACAACUAUCUAAAUCAAGUUUGGCUAAACAUCAUCAUUCAUCCAAUGGCACCAUCAUUAAACCCUCAAAUAGCUCAGGUAAUGAGAGAGCAAUGGAGCAUCCCACCCCAGUUCAACCCCAUAAACCCUCAAAAUGCUCCCGCGGACCUUCCCUUCUUCCCCUCGGAGAUGUACACCCAUCUCAAUCCCAUCUUUCUUCCUUGGGACAUCAACCAGGGGAACCAAGAGAUUCCAAACCCAUCGGUACCCCCUCCAGUAUCUCGACAACAUCACCAGGCAGACCCAAUACCCGAUACAGUAGAAGCAGAAAUGGAGGAAGACGAUGUCCCCCUAAACCUUAA